AUGACGUCUUUUCUGAUCUGUUCUUUUCUGAUGCUGGUUUUGACCCCUGCAUCAAGUGCACAAGAGGACCCGCGCUUCCCUUUCUCAGAGUACCUGGACCACGGCCGCGAUGUCCGACUCAGGUGGGGAUUCGAUAAAGCGACAGACAUCAUUACGUUUGAGCUGACCGUGAACACCUCUGGCUGGGUCGGUUUGGGAUUCAGCCCCAACGGAGGUAUGGCGGGAUCAGAUAUCGUCAUUGGGGGAGUUGGACCACAGGGAACUUACUUCACGGAUCGCUAUGCUGAAGGGAACAAGUUACCAUCUGAAGACAAACAGAAGAACUACGAACUCCUGUCACUGACUGAGGUGAACGGUCAAACUGUGAUGAAGUUUCAGCGGUCCAUCACGACUUGCGACCCACAGGACUUUACAAUCACAGGGGUUCCAAUCAAGCUCAUCUACGCUUAUGGGAAAGACGAUAACAUUGGUUACCAUGGAAGCCAACGGGGAACCAAGGAAAUCAACCUCCUGAACUACAUGCCCAGCAGCACCCCUUCAGACAGUAAAUACUUUGACUUGACCGUAACAAACUACACAGUCCCAAAAGUAAGAACAACCUACCACUGCAAGAUCAUGCAAGCUCCAUCUUUCAGUCAGAAGUAUCACAUCUAUCGGGUUGAGCCCAUAAUUGAACAUCUGGAUUUGGUCCAUCACAUGGUGCUCUAUCGCUGCCCAUUUUCUGUAACGAAACCCCACGAGGAGCUGUGUUUUCAGAGUCCGGAGAUAAACCAGUGCUUCCAGAUUACAGCGGCAUGGGGUGUCGGAGGAGGGGCUUUUGAAUUUCCAGAGGCAGCUGGAGUUCCCAUAGGAGGAGACGGAAAGGUGCAUAUGUACAGACUUGAGAUGCAUUACGACAACCCGUUCAAGGUUGAAGGUCGAGUUGAUAACUCUGGUUUACGAUUCUUCUACACCUCUGAGCUGCGGCAACAUGAUGCAGCAGUUCUGCAGACAGGACUGGCAGUGAGUCCAGGAUAUGCAGUCCCUCCCAACGCUUCAAUGUACCACACAUUUGGCUACUGUGACACCUCUCUCAUAAAAGAGAUUCUGCCGGAAUCUGGUCACGACCUUCAGGUUUUUGCAGCCUUCUUACACACUCAUCUGGCUGGACGGAAAGUGAGAGUUGGCCACUACAGGGAUGGAAAGCAAAUAGACUUCUUAGCAUAUGACGAAAACUACGAUUUCGAAUACCAGCAAGUCGUAAAUCUUGGGACAACAAAAACAAUUAAGCAGGGCGACCAUGUGUUGGUGGAGUGCACAUACAACACUCAGGAUCGCAAAGCUAUCACAUGGGGGGGGAUAGAAACUACAGAUGAGAUGUGCUUGGGUUUCCUCUACUAUUAUCCAGCCAUAGACCUUGGCAUGUGUCACAGCUUUCCAAAUCCAGAUGAUCUAAUGCGGGAGAUGGGCGUGAAAGACAUGAACGAGUGGUACGUGAUGAUGUUCUCAAAGACUUGGGAUGAGAAGUCAAUUGCAGAGUACGAGGAGACAGUGAAAAAGAUCCCACAGAUCAUAGCGGUCGUUGAUUCCCAUAAUAAUGCAUCAUUCAAUUUUGCAAUGAUUCCCGAGCUUGGACCAACCCCAAACACGGUGGUCUGUGAUUCACAAGACAUGGUGAGACCUGCUACCAUGAUGGUUACUCUUCUCUGGCUGGCAGUGACACUCAUCAUGUGA